AAACGAUUGUACGUGAUUUGGUAUCAAAAUUUAUAAUUGUUUCGAGUUAUACGUGAGUCGUAGUAUGAGAUUGUGUUUUAUUAGGAGGAAAUCCCCACGACGUGCUUGUCAAUUACCUAAUUACAGUUUUUUAACUUCUUUAUCAAUUUAAUACAAUAGAUUUGACGAUGCUGUUAUUAACAUCGAAGAAACGGUAAAAAUGACUGAUAACCAGACUAAACCAGAAGCAAUUAAGGUAUCUACGGAAAAAAUAUCGACAGAAAUUAUGCAAACAACGCCGAACAAUAAACUUUAUUCGAGUAACGAUUCUUCUGCAGCGGAUAUUCUUGUUGGUAAAAACGAUUCGGGUGGUAAAUCGUAUCUUACGAAAAUCGACGGUUCAAAUCGGGGUAGUAACAUCGACCCGAAGGAAUCUAGUCGAAAUCCAACAACCCCUAAAAGCGUCACAAUAAAUUUAAGCGCUAAUAAACUUAAAGAAAGUUUAGAUAACGAUACCAACGCCGAUGAAGAUCGUACAGAAGAAUCCACGCCGUUAAUACCAAGAUCCAAUACCAUAUGGAGUAUUUGCGAUAAAAUAUGGUUGGUUACUUUUAUUUUGAUGGUGAUUGUUGGUUUGUUCGUGGGGGUUUCUCUGUUGAUUUGGUUAGGUUAUGAAAAAUCGACUUUUCACUUGAUAGUUAAAAGCAAAUGGACGACCGUUUACCCAACAAGGGAAAUGGUGAAAUUGAAAUUGCCUUUACGAAAAGUUUCUUUGAUAGAAAUCGACGCGUCUGAUGGAAAUGUAUGCGGGGGAAACUACUACUAUUCUAGCUGCGUCAGGGUGAUCCAAAAUCAGCAUAUGAAUGAGCUAAAAGAACCAGAUAUACUUUAUAAUUUCAUCGUCGAUCAAGACGGUACUAUUUACGAAGGGAGAGGCUGGGAGAAUUGUACCUGCAAUGGAGAAUUCCUUGGAGAACAAUUGACCAUAGGAAUUUUAGUUAACGAUGGCAACAUUGGACACAAAGUACCGAUCUACGUUAAGAAUUUCUUGAGUAAAGCUGAAAAUAAAUUAGAACCUUGUUUCACGAUUUCGACUCAUAACGAUACGGUUUUAAAACCGGUCGUACAACGUGUGAAAGAGGUCAUAGAUUGGAAUAACUGUUCUCAAACGUCUCAACAAUAAUUAUCGACAAAUAAAUGAUCACAGGUCAAUAAACUACUGGAAUUUUGAUUAUGUUCAAUUUUUUUUCAUAACGAGUAUUAAUAGCUUCUGAUUUUGGUAAUUGAAAUGUUGUUUUUAAUGAAAAUGUAUUUUAGAAGUGAAUAAAA